AUGGCCCCGCCACCCCCAACCUGCCCCCACCGCCUCCUGCCCCUCUCCCUGGGGCUCUUCCAGGGCGUCCUGCUCCUCUUCUUCGCCCUCUUCAUCACCUAUGAUGAGCCCUCGGCGCGGGUGGAGGAUGCCAACGUGGUGGCCAACCGGCUCUACGGCACCUUCCCCCUCUUCCAGGACAUCCAGGCGAUGCUGGUGGUGGGGCUGGGGCUCCUGCUGACUUUCCUGCCCCGCUACGGGCUCAGCGUCCUCACCCACAACUUCCUCCUGCUCAACUUCUCCACGCAGUGGGCGCUGGUGCUGCAGGGCUUGCUCCAUCACUUCCACCACGGCCAGGUCCACCUGGACCUCCACAACCUCCUCACCGCCGAGUUCGCCGCCGUGACGGUGCUCAUCUCCGUGGGAGCCGUCCUAGGGAGGACCAGCCCCUGCCAGCUCCUCGUCGUGGCCACCUGCGAAGUCCCCGUCUACCUCGCCAGCGAGUGGGUCAUCAUCACCCACCUGGGCGUCCUGGAUGCGGGGGGCACCAUCACGAUCCACGUCUUCUCCUGCUACUUCGGCCUCGGCGUGUCCAAGGCUCUGUUCGGGGCGGCGCGGCAGCCGGUGCACCCCAAGGAGACCCCGACACCUCGCUCCGACCUCCAGUCUCUGGUGGGGAUGCUCAUCCUCUGGGUCUUCUGGCCCAGCUUCGUGGCCGUCCUCUGCCAACCAGGAGAUGCCCAGCGCCGCGCCAUCCUGAACACCCUCCUGGCCAUGAGCGCCAGCGCCGUGACCACCGUGGUGGCCUCCAGCCUGCUGGAGAGGGACGGCAAGCUCAGCCCCGGCCACCUGCAGAACGGCAGCUUGGCUGGCGGGGUGGCCAUCGGCGCGGUGGCCAACAUGACCGUGCCGCCGGUGGCCGCCCUCGCCCUGGGCAGCCUCUCGGCCGCGGCAUGCGUCCUCGGCUUCAAGUUCCUCACCCCGCUCCUGGCGAGGAAGCUCGCGCUCCAGGACCAGUGCGGCAUCCACAACCUCCACGGCCUGCCCGGCAUCCUCGGUGCCGCGGCCAGCGCCGUGGCCGUCCUGUUGUCCGGGGGCAACGCCAGCGAGGUGGCACGGGGAGGGCGGGGGGACCGCGGGGCGGGCAGGCAGGCGCUGUGCCAGGCGGCGGGGCUGGCGGUGGCCGUCGGCGGCUCGCUGCUGGCCGGGCUGCUGGCCGGUGCCGCGCUCCGGCUGCCCUGCCUGGCCCGCCCGUCCCAGCGGCUCGCCUUCGACGACUCGUUGUAUUUUAAGAUCCAGGAUGAGGCCGAGAGCCCGGGGCUGGGCUGCACCGCUGAGGAAGAAGCCCUGGCUCUGAAGGAGCGGGUUUAA